AUGGAGCAUACUUUUCCUUCUCCACACGGCUUCAGAAAUGCCAACACUUCGCCUCCCACCGCUCAGGUCAAGGCUGGUGGACGAACAGAUGAUCGCGAUGAAAUUGACAGUCCCGAAGACGCCUGGUCAGGGCAAGAUAGCGGCAAUGAUGCCAGUGCGGUGGAUCGAAAAAUCUCCCAAUCCUCAGAUCGUUCUUUGAAAAGGAAGCGUCCGGUGAUGGUCUCAUGCGAACUUUGUAAGCAAAGGAAAGUGAAAUGCGAUCGCUCCCAACCCAGCUGUGGCUGGUGUGCCCGGAAUGGCCAUCCAUGCGAGUACAAAGAACGAAAGAAGCCGGGAUUGAGAGCUGGGUAUGGAAGAGAGCUUGAACAGCGGCUAGAUCGCUUAGAAGAAGUCAUCCAAGCGCAAGCACGACUUAUAGAAACACAUAUAAUACAGGCCCAGCAACGUCCUGGGAAUGAAGUCCAAUCAAACCAAUGCCCGCCAACAGCUCCAUUAUAUAGCUCUCCGUCGGACCGGUCCGCGGCUCCCGAACCCAGCCCAAAGGAUAUCCUAUAUCCGCAUCCAUCGACCUCAAACUUUCCCACGCCGCACCGCCGUAUCUCAGCCGUAGGGACCUAUAACCAGGAGCAGAGAACAUCCACGCCAUCUGAUAAAUCGUUUCAUACGACCUCGCCAAUCCAGCUUCAGAAUGGACUCUCUCCACAAAAGCUACCACCACAGCCAGGGGAGUCGCAGCAGCCUCAUUUUAAUACCAGAGACUCCUCAUCCUUGAGGAUUCCCGCCUACUCUUCGAACCAAGAAAGCGCGUCCCUCGCCGAUCAUAAUGCCGAUCUCCCGCCUUACGAUCUUCUAUACUCAUUGGUCGAUCUGUACUUUGAACAUAUCAACGGAUGGUUGCCUAUACUUCACCGGAGAACGACACUAGAUACUCUUUUCGGGCCAUCGCCGUUAAGUGAAGAAGACCGGAUGUUGUUAUACGCCAUAGUUGCAACGACUCUGCGAUUUUCAAAAGAUACGCGGCUUAACGAAGAAAAUAGGAAACGUUACCAUGACGUGUGCAAACAGAAAGUUAUUUUAUAUGGUUUGGACAAUUCCUCCGUCACGUCCUUACAGGCUCUAGUGAUCUUGACGCUAGACGUUGUGGGAACUUCUAACGGUCCCCCAGGAUGGAAAUUACUUGCACUUGUCGCUAGAUCUGUUGUUCAGCUUGGUCUCGCCGUAGAAGCUACAUCAUCCCUAGUUGCAACAAUGUUUCCGUCCAUAUAUACUCUCAGAGCCAAUAUCCUUCCCGACUCUAGGAAUUGGGUGGAAGAUGAGGGUAGGCGGCGGCUAUUCUGGGCAGCUUAUCUAUUAGAUAGGUAUUCUACGAUUGCCACAGCCUUCGAUUUCGCACUGGACAGUAAAGAAGUUGAUCGGAAACUACCGUGCAAAGAUGAAUAUUUUGUUAAAAAUCAACCAGUUGAAACGAGGUUUUUUGAUACCCACGAGCAAUUGGAGUGCGUGAGCCGCAGCCAAUAUAUGGGUGCCUUCGGAUUUUACAUGGAAGUUUUAGGCAUACUGUCGAAAAUACACUUAUUUCUCAAACGGCCGGUUGAUAUCAGUGCAAUUGCCGAUGUUAAUCAGUGGCAAUCCACCUACCGAAAGCUAGAUAACGAAUUGACUGCAUGGGAAUACCAAUUACCGAAAGAGUACUCAUUCGUAAUGUCUUCAAGAUAUUUGGCGUCUUCGAAAUCUAGGUCUGUGCAUUGUGGCUGGAUUAUGUUGCACGCAGCCUACCAAACAACGAUAAUCCGACUACAUUCUUCAGCUGCCUACCCAACGACUCGGUCUCCCAUAUUCACACCAUCAUAUGGUGCUAUCCAACGGUGCCUGGCUGCCGUUGAACGGAUCCGGACAAUUGCUAGAUUUGUUGUAGACAACAACGUCCUAGACAAAUUUGGCCCACCUUUUGCAUUUACACUCUGGGUAUCAGCGCGCCUCCUGCUGGUUAAUGGCUCAACUGUAGCCCAUACAUUAGAUCCGGCAAUUAACUUCUUUGUCGAUUCUCUUCGUCGCAUGGGCCAAUACUGGAAAGUUGCAAAGCGAUACAGCGAGAUCCUACAGCGAGUCUUGGAUGAAUACAAUGAAUUCGAACAGUCUGGCGCUACAAAUGCAGACCGUGCAGCCCCCUCAUCAGUAAAGAUCCUAGCUGACAUGAGACGAUGUGCAUUUGACUUGGACUUUUUAAUAUCCCAUCAACCCCCAAGAGCCAGCAGCUCUAGCCACACUCCAGUCGCCGGAGGGCCCACGGCAUCAGUAGGCGGACUGAUUACUCCGAAACCCACAAACGCCGCUCCAAUUGCACCACCACGCAACCUCAGCCCCCAUGAACUUGAGUAUCUGGAUGUCUUUGACUUUUUCAAUGUUCCGCGUGUUCCUCCUUCCGGAGGGAACCCUACUGCUCCGUCAAUUAAUGGCCUAGCUGUAAUGGAUCAAGCACAGCAAGUAACAGUCCCGCCUGCCCAGCCACAAACAAACUCCUCUACUGUGACUGCGACUGUAGGAGGAAUUUCAGUGACUGAUUUAGCUAAUGCUGCUGCAGCCGGUGCGGCCGCUGCAGCACAAGCAUCAAACGAAUUCAAUAUCACCAACUAUAUGGUCCCAACACCGGAGACGGAUUGGUUAUUUAGGGCUACCACAUAG